CACAGUCCUGCCUCCAUAACAACCGGAGCGCAGAUUUGCUUUUGUAACGAGUGAAAUGUUGGAUAAGCGCCGCUUCCCCGCGCCCUCACACCCCCACGCGUGCAGCUGCGGGCCCGCCGCUCGUCUGGCUCCGCGGGGAGACGUUUAAGACAAAGUGUUUAGUUGGACGGAAAGAGAGAGAAAGAAAGAGAAGAAACAUGGCAAAGCGGAGACGGGGCGCAGAGACGGCGGCCGGCACAAAGACCGCGAGGCAGGUGCGGACUGCGAAGAAGAAGAAGAGCAAGAGCGGGGAAGCGAAGAAGAAAGAGGCAGGUAAUGGCAUCACUGAGAAAGAGGAGAAGAUCGAGAGGAAGAUUACACCCAAGUCACGUUUGUCCUCGAAACUUGCGGCGAAGAUCAACGCUCCCUCCAAAUCCACCAUUACCACCACUGCCGUCAACGCCAGUAAAUACUUCCAGUCGCCAGUGAAGGAGGAGGAGAGCGACAGUGACGACGACUUCGACAUGGUGACCUCACCAGCGCGCAUGUUCAAUGCCACGAAACCAGAGAAAGAAAAAGAGGAGGAGGACAGUGAGGAAGACGAGGAUGAUUGGGAGGAAGUGGAAGAGCUAGCUGGUCCACUGGGUACAGCUGAACCACCAGAACCUGCCCUUCCCUCUCAGCCUCUAGAGAUAGAGAUCGAGACUCCGGAAGUCAGGAAAAAGCAGAAGAGGCAGGCGGAGUUUGAAACGUAUCUGAGGCGGAUGAUGAACAAAUACAACAAAGACAUGCUGAUAGACACACACAAGGUUCACCUCAUGUGCCUGAUAGCCAGUGGAAUGUUUCAUAACCGUCUGUGCAGUGAGCAAGACCUGCUCGCCAUCACUCUAUCCCUGCUGCCCACCCACUACGGCAUGGUUGCUAAGGAACGCAUCGACCAAAACUACCUCUCUGGACUUCUCAAAUGGUUUAGAGCAACGUUCACUCUCAAUCCCAGUCUUCCCUGUGAGGAGCGUCCAGACCCCCGGGCUCUCCUGGAGAGGCGGCUAGCCAGCCUCUCAGCCAAGAACCACCAGGAGAUGACUCAUCUGUUCCUGCUGGUCCUAAGGUCUCUGCAGCUCUUCUGCAGAUUGGUUCUUUCUCUCCAGCCAAUUCCUUUUAAACCCCCAUCAGCCAAGGGCAAAGGGGCUAGAACAUCUAAUUGUGCCUCAGAGAAGACCAGCACAACCCAAGAAACCUCCAAGACCACCUCUUCUGACACGAAGGUCUCUCCUGGUACCAAGAGACCAGCUGCAGGGGGGAAAGCCAAGGGAUCCAGAGGAGGAAAGAAAGCAAAGAGAAAAGACAUCAAGGAGGAAGAGGAGAGUUCUGUUAAGUCAGGAGGACCGAGACCAAAGAACUCAAAACGCCGCACUGUUGCCUCAAAGGUUAGCUACAAGGAGGAGAGCCACAGCGAAGGGGGAGAGGGGCUUAGCGAUGAGGAAGAAUUCCAGGUGACCAGUGAUGAGGACAGUGAGGAUUCAGAGAGUGAGGCUGAAUCCACAAAGAAGGAGAAAGGGAGGGGCAAAACCAAAGUGAUCAAAAACAAGAACACUGCAGUGGGUGGUGGAGGGAAAAAACGGGUAAAAGACGAGGGCGACAACGAGCGGGAAGAAGGGGAGGACGAUGGUGGAGUAGAAGAAGGAACGACCAAUAAUUAUGCAAAGCGAAGGCGUGGGAAGAAGGAGGAGGGGCCUGGAGCAGACGAGUGGUUGGAGGUUUAUCUUGAAAAAACGUCUUCCUGGGUCUGCGUGCAUGUUGAGCACGGUGUCGCGAUGCCUCACCUCUGCUCCCGGAGUGCGACAGCUCCAGUGACAUAUGUGGUGUCGGUGGACGGGGACGGGUUUGUCAAGGACCUGGGGAGGAAGUAUGACCCCACCUGGAUGACAUCGUCCAGGAAGAGGCGGGUGGAUGAAGACUGGUGGGAUGAGACGCUCCAGCCAUUCCUGGGACCCGAGGAUGAGAAGGACAAAAGGGAGGAGAAGGAGCUCCAGAAUAAACUUCUGAACAAGCCCCUGCCAAUCUCCAUAGCGGAGUACAAGAACCACCCACUGUACGCCUUGAGGAGACACCUGCUUAAGUACGAAGCCAUCUACCCUCCAACGGCCUCCGUACUGGGAUACUGCAGAGGAGAGCCAGUAUACUCCAGGGAUUGUGUGCACACCCUCCACUCCAGAGACACGUGGCUGAAAGAGGCACGGACUGUCCGACUUGGAGAAGAGCCAUACAAGAUGGUGAAGGGCUCCUCCAAUCGUUCCCGUAAGGCCAGGAUCAUGGCUGAGCUGAAGGAUGGAAAUGACCUGCCUCUGUUUGGAGAAUGGCAGACUGAAGAGUACCAACCGCCGAUAGCUGUCGACGGAAAGGUUCCUCGUAACGACUACGGUAACGUCUACCUCUUCAAGCCCUGCAUGUUACCGGUGGGCUGCAUUCACCUUAGGCUGCCCAACCUGCACCGAGUCGCCAAGAAGCUGGAGAUGGACGCUGCCCCUGCGGUCACCGGCUUCGACUUCCACGGAGGAUUCUCACACGCUGUGACUGAUGGUUACAUCGUGUGUGAGGAGAACGAGGAGAUUCUCCAAGCUGCCUGGUUGGAAGAACAAGAGCUACAGAAGGAGAAGGAGAAAGAGAAAAGAGAAAAGAGGGUGAUCUCCAACUGGACCCUGCUGGUGAAAGGACUUCUGAUCAGAGAAAGGCUCAAACAGCGCUACGGCAAGAAGAACCCUGGGUUGGGGGGCCUCGCACACGGAGACAACACCGGGGGCCUCUCAUCGGAUGAGGAGGAGGCGGUGGAGGGUGGAAGUCCCGGAGCUAAGACUGCAUCUGAAACUCUGGCCAUGUCCUGGCCUCAAAACAGACAAGCAGAGGAGGAUGGAGGGAACAGCAGCGGACUGACGAAGAAGUCCACAACCAAACGAGAAAAGAGAGGACAAGAGAAACACAUGUUUCCCUUUGAGAAGGUGUAAUGUUGGAGAUCGGAAACUUUUGAUAAAACAUUGACGAAUCAGGCUUAUUAUUCCUCUCUUGAUAUUAACUUGUUAACAUGUCUUUAAAGCAAGAUACAAUGUGUCUCAGGUGCUAACGUUUUUUUAAAUGGUUUUAGCAAAUAUUGGUCAACCUUGAAACCUUUGGCAGUAAAACUAUGGCGCAGCAGAUGACAGAAGGAGAAGGAUCUUUUUCUUCUGGGGGUAAUAGUGUGCGCAUUGAACCUCCUCCACUACCAUCGUACAUAUUCCCAUUAGCUCACAUACUGUAUUGUCAGUCUUCUGUAUGAGAGAUACAGUAUGUUCCAUUAGGCCAGUGAUGACAACCUGCACGGUCAAUACCAGAUCCAGAAGGUUGAGACGUGCUCCCGUGCGGAACAGUGAUAUCGGGUUGUCACGUGAAUGACGAACAGUGGAACCACAUUGCAGUUUAAUGUGUGUUUAACAUUACGUAAAGACACACUACUGGUCAUUUGAACCAGAAUGCUUUGACACAAACAGCUAUCUUGCAAGUAUUCAGUGGGUGUGCGCCAAAUCCUUCAGAGUGCUGGUCUGAGCCUGGUGGAACAAAGUUUCCAUUUGAUUUCAGUACAUAAAACCGCAUCGCAGCUCAUGUAGGUUUUGGUGGAAAGUUGAGAAAAAUAUCUCCCCACUACCUGCCAUCUCAUUUUAUCACAUCCCAUGUCAGCAGGUUUCUCCGGUCUAGCAAAUACGGGACUAACGGCAGACCAGCAAGACUUCAUCGAGCACAGCGGUUGUUCCGGGCCUGGCUGUCCACUGUGUUUUUAGCUCAACCGCUGUGUGUGCACUUUUGAGUUGACGUAACAAGCUUUGGGUUGGAGAUGACUCCUGAUUUCUGACAUAGAAGUGGACCACGUGGUAAAAUUUGAAAAUCACGAGCGAAGAAGUCUUGACUUCUCACGAACACUACACUUCCUUUCCCCGUCCUUUGUUGCUAGGAUGGCAUUUCCCUGGAGGCUCAUUUUUUUUCUACUGUACUCUGGUGUAUCUGUUGUCAGAUUCCGAUUUUCCCCCACAUCGUAUGUCUAUAAUACACAGCAGCUGAUGGCUUUCAUUAAAUCAUAAGCAGUUUUGUUAUGAAAAGUAUUUUUGUAAGAAAUGUUUAGAUAGUAGUAAAAAGCAAAACUGA